GAAAUUUGCGCAAUCUCACCCCUCUUACUACCUGGACCUUAUCUGUGCUGCGCCACCUCGCCUCCCAGAAUAGAAACCCACCUGAAACUUCCGCCUUCCGACAAUAUCCAAAGCCGACAGCUCUCUAACCUUAACAUUUUUGCAGGGACAGUUCCGUACUCUUUCACUGUCUCCCGCAAAACAAUGGGGAUCCCUAGCGGCGACGAUGUCGUUUUAAUCCAACAACCCAAGAGCUCCGGUGACUCCACCAUCGUAACCGUCAAUUGCCCCGAUGAAGCUGGUCUUGGCUGCGACCUCUGCCGUAUAAUUCUCGAGUUUGGCCUUUCCAUUACUCGCGCAGACUUUUCAACCGAUGGAAGAUGGUGUUACAUAGUAUUCUGGGUGGUUCCAGACUCCAUCCCACAUGGAUUCGAUUGGGAUAGCUUGAAAAACCGGCUCUCUUAUGCGACCCCUCCUUGUUUGGUUCCAUUCUACUUUGAUCAGAAGUCUAAUGGUCCCUCACUGCCUCCACUCUAUCUCUUGAAAGUUUGGUUUGUUGACCAAAAAGGGUUGCUGCAUGAUGUUACUAAAGUACUUACUGAGCUUGAAUUUACAAUUCAAAGAGUGAAAGUGAUGAAAACGCCGGAUGGGAAAGUUCUAGACUUGUUCUUCAUCACAGAUGGCAUGGAACUUUUGCACACAGAAAAAAGGCAGGGCGACACAUGCAAACAUCUGGUUUCUGCUUUUAAAGAAUAUUGCAUCAGCUGCGAACUUCAGCUGGCAGGACCUGAAUAUGAAAGUCUCCAGGCUUUCUCUUCCCUCCCGCAGGCAAUUGCAGCGGAAUUGUUUAGCUGUGAACCAUCAGAAGGUAAAUCAUGUACCCAAGCAUUCUGCACAGAUAGAGCAAAAGCAGAGAAGGCUUCUGUUACAAUGGAUAAUCAGUUGAGCCCAGCUCAUACAGUACUUCAAAUUCAAUGUAUUGAUCAGAAAGGCCUAUUAUAUGACAUAUUGAGGACCUCGAAGGACUGCAAUAUCCAGAUUGCUUAUGGUAGAUUCGCUUCAAAUGUAAAAGGAUGCCGGAAUAUGGACUUGUUUAUUCAACACACCAAUGGGAAGAAGAUAGUAGAUUCUAAGCUUCUGCUUACUCUUUGUUCUCGUCUAAAGGCAGAGAUGCUUCAUCCAUUUCGAGUGAUUAUCGUCAACCGCGGCCCAGAUACAGAACUCUUGGUUGCUAACCCUGUUGAAUUAUGUGGAAGAGGAAGACCUCGUGUAUUCUAUGAUGUUACUUUGGCUCUAAAAACAUUAGGAGUUUGCAUAUUCUCUGCUGAAAUUGGAAGACACUCAACGAAGGAUCAGCAAUGGGAAGUCUACAGAUUUCUCUUAGAUGAAAAUGGUAAAGGUCCAUUAGCAAGUGGUCGAGCCAGAAAAGAGAUAGUGGACAGAGUGAGACGGACAUUGAUGGGCUGGUAAGAGCUGCACCUCGACGAUCCUGGCGGCCAGGAACAAAGUUAUGCUGUCUCACAGUUAUUCUCAAGCUGGACAUCUCAGCACAGCAGAGGGAGGGGAUCGGUAUUUGCUAACGUCGGAAGAAGGCUGAUUUAAGGUUGUCCAUUGAGAUGAUUUGUACUAUUAUUGCUUUGUUGGCUCCAUGUUUUGCUGUGUAAUCAAGAGAAUCAUCCUUGUUCAUCCACAUCAUUCUUGAUGGAUAGCUCAGGCAACUGGCUUCAGUUGGCGUUUGUAAAUAUCUUCAAGUUGUAUUAAAUUGUUAAUAAUAAUAAUAAAUUUUGAAGCCAAAA